AUGAGUGAAAUUGUCGAGGCGGCCCCUACUGCUCCUUAUAGGUACAUCGAAACCGACAAUGAUCGGAUGGUCAUGAUCAUUCUUCUAGUUAUCAUGCCCGUGAGUUCUUCUUUAUUAUUUUUUUCAUUCUUUUUUUUUACAAUUCUUGUUAUUUCGAUGAAAAGGCCCAUCUGUGUCACUUUUGACAUCAACAUCAUCAAUCCACUUCAAGUUUGUCAUUUCAGCCGAUGUCAGUGUUCUUCAAGUGUCGCGGAUUCACCAAACACGUCUGUCUCAACUUUCUGCUCUAUCUCCUGCUCAUUCUGCCCGCCUACAAGCACGCCACGUGGUUUUGUUUCGUGAAAGGAAGGGAGCAGGAGGCGGAGAACGGGUUCGUUAGAGCACAUGUCGAAUAA